AUGGAAAAACAAGUCUGGAUACUCAUCGGGAUUCUGGCUGCCGCCCUUGCAGAUUUCACGAACAACUGUCCACAAGAGUGCAAAUGUGUUUGGGCAAGUGGCAACAAACAAGCUGAUUGCUCACAUUCCCAACUCGAAAGUAUUCCCCGAAACUUAAGCGCAGAUAUACAGAACCUCGAUCUCACUGGAAACGAACUAUACGAAAUACCUAGAUUGGCUUUCCAAGAAGUCUACCUAAUCAAUCUUAAGAAACUUAUUUUAAGAGAAUGUAAACUAUUAACUAUUCAAAGGAAUGGUUUUAGCGGACUAGCUAUUAUGAUAGAGCUGGAUCUAUCUAAUAACGACUUGAAGUCACUUCAUGCAGACACGUUCCGGGAAACCGUCAAAAUCAGGUGGAUACUACUAAAUGAUAACCAGCUAGAAAAAUUAGAAGACGGUUUAUUUAAUAACCUCCAAUUUCUUCAAAAGGUAGACUUAAGCAACAAUAGAAUUUUCCAACUAGGAAUGAAGACCUUUAUGAACGUACCCAAAUUAAAUAUACUGAGACUCAAUGGAAAUAAAUUAGAACAUCUUAAAAUUGACACACUGAGCGCUUUGACAUCGUUGUCAAAUUUAGACGUACACGAUAACCCUUGGCGGUGCGACUGCUAUCUCCAGCCCUUCAGGAAUUGGGUUAUUAGUAAGAACUUCUAUACUUCACCCAUUACUUGCAUUGAACCAUCCAAAGUUCAUGGGAAGCAAUGGAAAGAGCUAGAUUCUGGCGAUUUUGCAUGCAAGCCUAGCAUUGUAUUUCCUUCAGCCAGUACGACAUUACGAACAUCGGACAACAAUAUUACUCUCGCUUGCCAAGUUAAUGGGAACCCAUUGCCAGAAGUGAAUUGGGUCUUAAACGCACAAAUAAUCGAUGGCAGUUAUAAAUUUCAAGGAGAGCUUAAAUACUAUAUAGCUCAGAAUAGUAUGGAGAACAGUAAAUGGGUAAACCUCACUAUCGUUGAUGUGGCUACAACUGAUAAUGGAGAAUAUUUGUGUGUUGCCAAAAACCCCGGAGGAGUAGAAGAGAGGAGUGUCACUCUAGCUGUAAUACAUAAUACACCUGGUAUAGAAGUCCCACCAGGAAUGGACAACAAUAUGAUGCCAGUACUUAUUGGAGUUUCCUGCACGGCGGCAAUUCUAUUGAUCAUUCUUGUAGUCUUAUGUUACUGCUGUUGUCGAAGACGCGGUACUGAGAAGAAGAAGGCUGAUGCUUCUAACGGGGAAGCUCUUAUUGAGGGUUCUGUCAUACCUGAAAUGGAAAAAAGCCUAAUCACUGCCGUGAAUCCAGUUACCAAACCUCCACGAAGAUAUGACGUGCCACCCUCAAUCACCAGCGGCGCAACCGAGAUGUCUGAAUUGAAUAAAACAUUGCUGGACAAUGAUUCUGUGUUCGCUCAUAAUGAUGACGAAAAGCGCUCACUGGACUUCGAACAACCGACAAAACGAUCACACGACGCCCUUAAUGUUGAGUACGGUCGCACCGAUGGAAGGGCAUAUCCACCUGAUCUUCUCUCCUUCCCUCCCAGGGCCGCCCAAAUCUCCCCAGCAGCAAGCAAUGCUUCCACAGUACCUGAUACAACCAGACUGCCAAUGCAGAUAAACCCAGUCAGUCCAAUACACUCACCGAUUUAUGGUAUGACCAACCAAAACUUGUUCCGAACUCUUCCGUACUCGCGCUCUCAGUCUCCCUUCACUGCGCCUAUAACUCCUCCAGUUGUUACUCCUAGACAAGGAUAUGUAACUAUUCCAAGACGCCCCCGAGUACCAAGCUGGUCUAGCACUGCCAGCACUCAGAUAUUACCAAGCUCCGAGGCCCAAGAACCAUUAUACGAUAAUUUAGGACUUCGAACCACAGCAGACGGUAGUUCUGUACUCUCUUUGAAUAAAGCUGGUUUAGAAGCCCAAUUCUCCCCUAUGAGGAAUAGACCCCUGCCAGCUACACCUCAGGUUUAUCCAACGCCACACCCUGUGUUCUACGCGCCAAUCGAGGAGCAGGAACCUGCGCCGUCGCCUGUACCACAAAUGAAUCCUCGCAACAGCAUCAGCUCUCAAUUGUCACAACAAUUUUCCACACCAGGUCCUCAGGAACCAGUGAAUCCAAGAAUGAGCUGGACAGCAAAAAACACUUCUACUCCACAACCUGACUCUAGAAAAGUUUUGUUCAGUGAUAGCAAAAACGAUUCGCCGAGCCAUAACACUGACAACAAUACAUUGAGUCGAAAGGGUAAACCUGAAACUGGAUCUUUGAGGCGGGUCCCGAGGGUAGACAGUAAGGAGGAACCUAAUUCUCCAUCAAAAGACGAUGGAAAGAAAAAUGACAGCGGAAUAAAUCAAUCAGGAACUUUAGGCAGAAGUGGAAAGAUUCCUCCAAGACCACCUCCAAAGCCGAAAAAAAAACCGAGUACGGAAGUGAAUCCGAAUGAACCACUUUUCGAAGAUGAAGGUGAGGAUGGAACGGAAGUGUAA